AUGGGAUCUGCUGGGGUGUGGGGUUUGCUGAGGGAGGAAACCCUUGAUAUUUGGGGUUGGAAGGUGGUGGUGGUUGGGGCUGGAGUUGCCAUCUGUGAUCGCAGGGACAACUUGAUAUUCGAAAGUAGGAAGAAUCUCAAAAGUUUGAAUUUUGCUGUGCGGAGCAGGAAAACAGCUGAGCUUUUGGCUCUGAUUGACGGCCUUAAAGAAGCUUUCACUUUGAAGUUGAAAAGGGUCAUAUUUUCGGGAUCGUGGCACAAUGCCCUCAUAAAGACUAAGUGUGAAGUGAACAUUAUAACCUGUAAAAAAUUAUUGUCACCUGAACUUGCUGACGUUAUGAUCGAACGAAUCAAGGAGUCUUCUAUUCCUGUCACGGAGAAAGUUUACUGCGCAUUUCCAAUGUGUUCUGCCUUGAUGUCCAAAAAGGAGGUCUUGGAACAUACCAAGACUUCUUUUGUUAGUGAGGGAGGCAGGAAGUGCAUGAAAUGCCAGCUUUAUUUUUGUGUCAAUUGCAAGGUUCCUUGGCACUAUGAUAUGAGCUGCUAUGAUUACCAAAGAUCAGAAACCAAUUCCCUCGCAGAAGAGCAAUUGCUAAAAUCGCUUGCAAUGAAGAAACUAUGGCGGCAGUGUUCCAAGUGCAAACAUAUGGUUGAACUUGAUAGUGGUUGCUACCACAUCACUUGCAGAUGUGGACAUCAGUUUUGCUAUACUUGCGGAGCUGAAUGGAAGAACAAGAGAGCAACAUGUUCCUGCCCACUCUGGGAUGAGCAUCACAUUAUAUUGCCAUAAAGAUUGAGAAGUGUAAAACAGAUUGGCUGAUCCAGUCAUGUUUUCCUUUCUUCU